GACCGAGAAAUAUCCACUGCCAAGCUGCUCACUCCCCCUGCCACUUCCUUGCUCGCUCCCGCUGCCGCUCCCCGUGCGACGAUGAUCACCACCACCUUCCCGUUCCUCUCCUCCUUCCACCCCCCUCUCCUCCGGCCCUGCCCGCGUCGCCUCUCCGUCAUCCUCCCUGCUCGGGCCACCGGCUCCUCCUCGUCACGGGAGGAGCGCGAGGAGGCGCAGUGGCUCCGCGAGGAGGCGCGGUGGCUCCGCGAGGAGCAUCGCUGGCUCCGCGAGGAGUCCCGCUGGCGCACCGAGCGCGAGGCCCUCCUGGCCGAGGUCGCCGCGCUCCGCCUCCGCCUCCGCGCUCUCGAGGGUCCGCCCCACCUCGCGGCCGCCGUCGACGCCGUGGCGUCACCCGCGCCCCCGGCCGCGGUGCCCGCGCCGCAGCCCAGGCCGGCGCUGGUGGAGGAGGUCGAGGUGAGGAAGGAGGUGGUGGUGGUCGAGGAGAAGAAGGCGCCCAAGGCCGAGGCGGGGAGCGGCGCCAGCAGCAAGAGACGGAGGACGCUGAGGACGGGGGCCGAGGGCGAGGACGUGCGCGCGUUGCAGGAAGCUUUGCAACAGCUCGGUUUUUACUCGGGUGAGGAAGACAUGGAGUACUCUAGCUUCUCAUCUGGCACCGAGCGAGCUGUUAAGACAUGGCAGGCAACGGUAGGGACUUCCGAGGACGGAGUGAUGACAUCGGAGCUACUUGAAAGGUUAUUUACCGGGAAGACUGGAGAGGACGUGAAAACAAAAGAUGGCAUAAACGGAGCAGCUGCUUCUGCUAUAACGGGAAUUGCAGAGGUUCGCCAAACUGUAGUUACAGAAAAUGGUGUCUCAGGAAUGGGGGUCUCCGAACACAGAGUGUUUCUUCUUGGUGAGAACAGGUGGGAAGACCCAUCCAGGCUGACACAGAAGAAAAAGCCUAGCACCGGCACUGUUGCAUCAACUAAUCCAUGCGUCUCCUGUAGAGGUGAAGGUCGCCUCAUGUGCACAGAAUGCGAUGGAUCAGGUGAGCCAAACAUUGAACCACAGUUUUUGGAGUGGGUCGGUGAAGAUACAAAGUGCCCAUAUUGUGAAGGCCUUGGAUCCAUUGUAUGUGAUGUUUGUGAAGGGAAGAAAGUAAUGGCAAGCUAAGCAAAGACUUAGGAGUAACAUUCAUGGGCGGACCCAGUAAAGGCCCAAUGGGGGCACAUGCCCCCACUGAAGUUCUUGUUUUCAGUGGAUUUGAGCUUUUUUCGUGAAGCUAUAAAGGCCCAGUCAUUAGCAGGCCCCCGGCUCAUUUUUUGGGCUGGGUCUGCCCUGGAGACAUUCUGCCUUGUUCGUGAACAUCUACAGCAGCAUUGAAGAGCAUGCAUUCACAUGGCUAGUGUAAGUUGCCUGUAAUUCCUAUAGAAAGCAGAAGUGUAGGGACAUUGUUGUGUUGUUUCUUGUACAAUAGAAGAUGUUUCUUGUACAACAGAAGAUGAAAAUAUUUUUUAAAAAAACUUGACCAUGGGGCGAAGAUAUC